CUCGCCCCCCGCCCAAGGUUUGCCUGUAGGUACCUGAGCUGACCCCGACGGCGACUAAAGAUGCUGAGCGGCGUCUGGUUCCUCAGCGUGUUAACCGUGGCCGGGAUCUUAGAGACGGAAAGUCGUAAAACUGCCAAAGACAUUUGCAAGAUCCGCUGCCUGUGCGAAGAGAAGGAGAACGUCCUGAAUAUUAACUGCGAAAACAAAGGAUUUACAACGGUCAGCCUGCUCCAGCCCCCCCAGUACCGAAUCUAUCAGCUCUUCCUCAAUGGCAACCUCCUGACCAAACUGUACCCCAACGAGUUCGUCAACUACUCCAACGCGGUGACUCUCCACCUGGGCAACAACGGGCUGCAGGAGAUCCGUACCGGGGCGUUCAGCGGGCUGAAGACCCUGAAGAGGCUGCACCUCAACAACAACAAGCUCGAGGUGCUGAGGGAGGACACUUUCCUGGGCCUAGAGAGCCUGGAGUACCUGCAGGCCGACUACAAUUACAUCAGCGCCAUUGAGGCGGGGGCCUUCAGCAAGCUGAACAAGCUCAAAGUGCUCAUCCUGAAUGACAACCUCCUGCUAUCGCUGCCCAGCAAUGUGUUCCGCUUCGUCCUGCUGACCCACCUAGACCUGAGAGGGAACCGGCUGAAACUGAUGCCUUUUGCGGGGGUCCUCGAGCACAUCGGGGGCAUCAUGGAGAUCCAGCUGGAGGAGAACCCCUGGAACUGCACAUGCGACUUACUUCCACUCAAGGCUUGGCUGGACACCAUCACCGUUUUCGUGGGGGAGAUUGUCUGUGAAACCCCCUUCCGCUUGCAUGGCAAAGAUGUCACCCAGCUGACCAGGCAAGACCUUUGCCCCAGAAAAAGUACUGGCGACUCGGCUCAGAGGGGCGGCCACGCCGACACACAUAUCCCGAGGCUGUCACCUACCCUGAAUCCUGCUCUCAACCCGACCCGGGCUCCAAAAGCCAGCCGACCACCCAAAAUAAGAAACCGUCCCACCCCCCGGGUCACAGUGUCGAAGGAUAGGCAGAGCUUUGGCCCCAUCAUGGUGUACCAGACCAAGUCCCCGGUGCCCCUCACCUGCCCCAGCAGCUGUGUCUGCACCUCUCAGAGCUCUGACAAUGGGCUGAACGUCAACUGCCAAGAACGGAAGUUCACCAACAUCUCCGACCUGCAGCCCAAACCCACCAGUCCAAAGAAACUCUACCUGACAGGGAACUAUCUUCAGAUGGUCUAUAAGAACGACCUCUUAGAAUACAGUUCUUUGGAUCUGCUGCAUCUAGGCAACAAUAGGAUUGCAGUCAUUCAGGAAGGUGCCUUCACAAACCUGACCAGUUUACGCAGACUUUAUCUAAACGGCAAUUACCUUGAAGUGCUGUUUCCGGCUAUGUUUGAUGGGCUGCAGAGCUUGCAGUAUCUCUAUUUAGAGUAUAAUGUCAUUAAGGAAAUUAAGCCACUGACCUUUGAUGCUUUGAUUAACCUACAGCUGCUGUUUCUGAAUAACAACCUGCUGCGGUCCCUGCCUGAUAACGUAUUUGGGGGCACGGCCCUCACCAGGCUGAAUCUGAGAAACAACCAUUUUUCUCACCUGCCAGUGAAAGGAGUUCUAGAUCAGCUUCCGGCUUUUAUCCAGAUUGAUCUCCAAGAGAACCCCUGGGACUGCACCUGUGAUAUCAUGGGACUGAAGGACUGGACAGAGCAUGCCAAUUCCCCUGUCAUCAUCAAUGAGGUGACCUGUGAAUCUCCCGCGAAACAUGCCGGGGAGAUCCUGAAGUUUCUGGGGAGGGAGGCGAUCUGUCCAGAUGGUCCGAACUUAUCAGACGGAACCGUUUUGUCAAUGAAUCACAACACAGACACACCUCGCUUGCUCAGUGUGUCUCCCAGUUCCUACCCUGAACUGCACACUGAAGUUCCACUUUCCGUCUUAAUUUUAGGAUUGCUGGUUGUCUUUAUCUUAUCUGUCUGUUUCGGCGCUGGCUUAUUUGUCUUUGUCCUGAAACGCCGGAAACGGGUGCCCAGUGUUCCCAGGAGUGCCAACAACUUAGAUGUAAGUUCCUUCCAGUUACAGUAUGGCUCUUACAAUACUGAGACCCAGGAUAAAGCAGACGGCCACGUCUAUAACUACAUCCCUCCACCUGUGGGCCAGAUGUGCCAAAACCCCAUCUACAUGCAGAAGGAAGGAGACCCAGUGGCCUAUUACCGAAACCUGCAAGAAUUCAGUUACAGCAACCUGGAGGAGAAGAAAGAAGAGCCAGCCACACUUGCUUACACUAUCAGUGCCACAGAGCUGCUGGAAAAGCAGGCCCCGAGAGAGCCCGAGCUGCUGUAUCAGAAUAUCACUGAGCGGGUCAAGGAGCUGCCCAGUGCGGGACUCAUCCACUAUAACUUUUGUACCUUACCUAAAAGGCAGUUCACCCCUUCCUAUGAAUCUCGACGCCAAAACCAAGACAGAAUCAAUAAAACCGUUUUAUAUGGAACUCCCAGGAAAUGCUUUGUGGGGCAGUCCAAAGCAGACCACCCUUUACUGCAAGCUAAGCCGCAAUCAGAACCAGACUACCUCGAAGUUCUGGAAAAACAAACUGCAAUCAGUCAGCUGUGA